GACUGCUGUAGGCUGUUCGCUUGGGCGGGUCCAAAUGGACGUAUAACCCACCGAGUCUGACAGACUUUUUUCAAUAAGUACAGCCUCACUAAUUGUAGGUCAUUUCUGCAGAUCAGCGUUCCGCAUUGAGAGGAUUGAGGUUUGUCGAUUCAUUUUACGAACCGUAUCAACUGAGCCGUUUGAAGCGAGAUUUACCCCCGAAAAUAACUGGAUUAACUAAAAAGUUCAGCAUGCCUCGGUCUUUCCUGGUAAAAAAGUAUUUCACAAGCAAGAGACCAAACUACAGCGAGCUGGAAUGCCAAAAUGACACUUUGCCGGACAGAUACCCCCUGGCAGAACUUCCAGCCGUGAGCAAUGACAUUCCCGUGACUUGUCUGACCACCGGAUUGGUUUGGGAUGUCAGCCUUCUACCUACCCUGCAUGACCCAUCAUCCCCAACCACCCUCUCCGCAAACCAGGGCCCGCUGGACCUCAGCUCGCCCUCCAGUAUCAGCUGCAGCAGCAGUGGGGAGGAAGAUGAAGGACGCACAUCAGAUCCUCCGAGCCCGGAUUCGUCGGACACGUAUCAUCCCCAGCAAUCCGGCAGACCUAGACGCAGCAGUAAAAACAGAGCCGGGCAAAGGGAUGACAAGAGCGAGCCACCCGUCCCCGCAACCCGCCCAGCGUUCUUCUGUAAACACUGUCCCAAAGAAUACAACAGUCUCGGUGCCCUGAAGAUGCACAUACGCUCGCACACGCUACCGUGCGUCUGUCCCACCUGUGGAAAGGCCUUCUCAAGACCCUGGCUUUUAAGAGGACACAUUCGCACACAUACAGGUGAGCGCCCAUUUUCCUGUCCGCACUGUAACCGCGCCUUCGCCGACCGCUCAAACCUGCGGGCGCACCUGCAGACCCACGCAGACGUGAAGAAGUACCAAUGCGGCACCUGUUCUCGCACCUUCAGCCGAAUGUCCCUGCUGCAGAAACACACCACGGCCGGCUGCUGUCCAUCCACAGCCUGAGGGCAUGGGGUCACUGGGAGCCAUUUUGUAAAGGAAAGAGGAACAUUUCUGGUUUGCCAAGAGGCACUAAUUCAGGACAAAGUGCCUUGUGAGAUAAUAAUGACUCCGUGCCUUUUCUCGACGACAACACAGGACCACAAAACCGAACGUUCGAGUGGACUUGUAUAAAACAACAUGGUUGAUACAUUUCUCUUUACCAGGACUUUUUUAUACCAAAGUACCACAAAUGAAGGAGUUAUGAAUGUGUUUAGGUAUAAUAGCUUUUGGUGCCAUGCAGCUUGGAGUCCUGAACCAGGAACAACUGUUGUCAGGUUGGGGGUGGGCUUAAUAUGGUAGGGUAUGUCUCUCAGCGUGACACACACACACACACAAACAUAUGCACACAGACAGACAGCUGUUCUGUGGUGCGGAGGCAGUGUGCUAACAGGUGUCCUGGCCCUGACCGGCACAUCUCUGAUAACAGGUGGCGUCUGCCCACUUCUCUAGAAACACACUCGGAGAGAGAUCCAUAUGAGUUUAACCUGUUUUUAAGUGGGUUUUAGUGGGUUGUAACCUGCAUGCGCAAAAUUUGCCUUGAUGCCAUUGCUUAUUUUUUUACUGAAGUCUGUUCUUUGCUUUUCACAGCGUAUGAUGUACCACUCUAUAUUUUGUUUUGUUGUAUCAGGGGAUUACGUUUUAAAAUGCACUCUAGUUUACCAAAGAGUAUUGAAGUCCUGUCAUUUUAUAUUAUUGAAACCAAUGAUUGGACGGUUGAUAGCAAAGCCAUGUUUAAAAAUGUUUUCUUAUACCUCAAUGUUUUUUCUAGUGAUGAAAUGCAACACUCCUGUAUUUUACAUUCUCAGUACAUGUUUUUUCGUUUUCUGUCCACUGUGCGUAUUCAAUUUCCGAUUUAACAUUGACAUUCGAAAAUGUGCAUGAAAUUUUGGUGCAAUUUUUUCCUCUGGAUUUUUAGCGUACACUUUUUCAUAUUUUAUGUCUCUUUGUAUUUGUCCAGAUCAUUUUCAUCCAAUAAAAUAAUUUAAGUUUAUACAA